AUGAACAAAAUGAAGCAAGAAGACCCAAUAAGCAUAAACCUAGCGACAGAGUACAAACACCUGCUGAAAAAACACGCAGAAAACAUGCUGGCAAAAGAGUAUUCAAAAGACGCCUUAGACGUGAUCACUUCUAUUAUCUACCACAACCCCUCAAACUACUCCAUUUGGGUUGAUAGAAGAGCCAUACUUAGAAAUCUACCAGAUUCUGCUUACACGCUAGAAGAUGAGCUUGUGUGGAUAAAAAAACAGGCAGUUGAAAAUCAGAAAAACUACCAGGUUUGGCACCACUUUAAAUUCGUGCUGAAAAGCACAGGACAUGAGAUAUCAACGGAUUUGGACAUUUUGGAGAUAGCAAAGAAAGAGCCAAAGAACAUUCACUUCUGGGGCGCAUUCAUUCAGUGCUACAGAGACAGAAAAAGUGCUCUUGAAUACACAGGAUACUUCAUAGAAGAAGAUGUAAGGAACAACUCCGCAUACUCCAUAAGAUACACAGUUGUGAUGGAAAUGGCAAAAAAUAGAGAAAUAGAAAUGGAGGAAGAAAAAGCCUUCCUUCUGCGCCUUCCCAUUCUGAAACAAAACCCUGCGUACUGGAACUAUGCGGGUGCGCUGGACCGAGCAUAUCCUGAGCACCAAAUACUCAAGUCAUGCGAGCUUGCUCUUCAGUCCAAAGAAGUCCCUAAGUACUAUGAAGACUAG